GAAGUUGAGGUUGGCCCACGGCCAGGUGAGAGGCUUCCAAGGCAGGACACUUGUGUCUCAGAUGCGGUCGCUUCUUUCGUACAGCAAUUGCCGCCUUGCUGAAGAUCAAGGAACCUCAGUGUCAGAUCACGCCCUCCCCCCAAACUUAGAAAUUCAGAUGGGGCGCAGAAAUUUCUCUUGUUCUGCGUGAUCUGCAUAAAUGGUCCAAGAGGUGGUUCUUCCAGGAGCCCAGCACCCCUCCUCCCUCCGACUCAGGUGCUUGAGACCCCAGAUCCUUCUCUCUGAGACUCAGGAAUGUGGGCCCCCAGCCCCUUUCACCUGGGUCCCAGCUAACCCGAUCCUCCCCUCCCUCAUCCCCUAGACCCAGGAGUCUGGCCCUCCAUUGAAAGGACCCCAGGUUACAUCAUCCAUUCAGGCUGCCCUUGCCACGAUGGAAUUCUGUAGCUCCUGCCAAGUGGGUCAAAUAUCAUGGUUCAGGCGCAGGGAGGGUGACUGGGCGGGCCUGUCUGGGUAUAAAUUCUGGAGCUUCUGCAUCUAUCCCAAAAAACAGGGGUGUUCUGUCAGCUGAGGAUCCAGCCGAAAGAGGACCCAGGCACUCAGGCCACCUGAGUCUACUCACCUGGACAACUGGAAUCUGGCACCAAUUCUAAACCACUCAGCUUCUCCAAGCUCACACCCCGGAGAUCACCUGAGGACCCGAGCCAUUGAUGGACUCGGACGAGACCGGGUUCGAGCACUCAGGACUGUGGGUUUCUGUGCUGGCUGGUCUUCUGCUGGGAGCCUGCCAGGCACACCCCAUCCCUGACUCCAGUCCUCUCCUGCAAUUCGGGGGCCAAGUCCGGCAGCGGUACCUCUACACAGAUGAUGCCCAGCAGACAGAAGCCCACCUGGAGAUCAGGGAGGAUGGGACGGUGGGGGGCGCUGCUGACCAGAGCCCCGAAAGUCUCCUGCAGCUGAAAGCCUUGAAGCCGGGAGUUAUUCAAAUCUUGGGAGUCAAGACAUCCAGGUUCCUGUGCCAGAGGCCAGAUGGGGCCCUGUAUGGAUCGCUCCACUUUGACCCUGAGGCCUGCAGCUUCCGGGAGCUGCUUCUUGAGGACGGAUACAAUGUUUACCAGUCCGAGGCCCACGGCCUCCCGCUGCACCUGCCGGGGAACAAGUCCCCACACCGGGACCCUGCACCCCGAGGACCAGCUCGCUUCCUGCCACUACCAGGCCUGCCCCCCGCACCCCCGGAGCCACCCGGAAUCCUGGCCCCCCAGCCCCCCGAUGUGGGCUCCUCAGACCCUCUGAGCAUGGUGGGACCUUCCCAGGGCCGAAGCCCCAGCUACACUUCCUGAAGCCAGAGGCUGUUUACUAUGACAUCUCCUCUUUAUUUAUUAGGUUAUUUAUCUUAUUUAUUUUUUUAUUUUUCUUACUUGAGAUAAUAAAGAGUUCCAGAGGAGGAUAA